AUGACGGUCGCUGCGGUUGAUGAGUGCGGGAAAGGCUUUACCUGCUCCUCCCACCUGCUGGACCACGGCCGAGUCCACACUGGGGAGAAGCCAUUCUCCUGCCCUGAGUGUGGGAAGGGCUUCACCUACUCCUCCCACCUGGUGGCCCACCAGCGCGUCCACGCUGGGGAAAGGCCCUUCCCCUGCUCGGAGUGUGGGAAGGCCUUCAGCAAAUCCUCGGACCUGCUGAAGCACCAAUGGGUCCACAGAGGGGAGAGGCCAUUCAGCUGCCCUGAGUGCGGGAAGACCUUCAGUGAUUCCUCUACCCUGCUGAGGCACCAGUGGGUCCACAUCGGGAAAAGGCCGUUUUCGUGCCCUGAGUGCAGGAAGGGCUUCACCCGCUCUUCCGCUCUGCUGACCCAUCUGCGGGUCCACACGGGUGAGAAGCCCUUUAGCUGCCCUGAGUGCAGGAUGGCCUUCAGUAGGUCUUCCCACCUGCUGAGGCACCAGCGAGUCCACACUGGGGAGAGGCCGUACUCCUGCCUUCAGUGCGGAAAGUGCUUUACCCAGCCCUCCAACCUGCUGACCCACCAGCGGAUCCACACCCGCGAGAGACCGUUCUCCUGCCCCGAGUGCGGGAAGGGUUUUGCUGUUUCCUCCCACCUCGUGGCCCACCGGCGGGUCCACACAGGGGAGAGGCCAUUCAGCUGCCCCGAGUGCGGGAAGGCCUUCAGCAAUUCCUCUGCCCUGCUUAGGCACCAGCGCAUUCACACCGGAGAGAAGCCGUUCUCCUGCCCAGAGUGCGGGAAGGGCUUUACCCGCUCCUCCACACUGCUGACCCACCAGCGGGUCCACACAGGGGAGAGGCCAUUCAGCUGCCCCGAGUGCAGGAAGGCCUUCAGCGAUUCCUCUGCUCUGCUGAAGCACCAGCGAGUCCACACCGGGGAGAGGCCCUUCAGCUGCCCUGAGUGCGGGAAGAGGUUUACGUUUUCCCGCAACUUGCGGAAGCACCAGCGGGGGCACCAGCGCUCACAACAAGCGGAUUCCACCACUGACACUGCUGGUUCAGCCCUGGGCGGUGACUCACAGCAGCUGGCCCCGUCACUUGUGCCCCCGCUGGUGCUGCAGCAGGUGCUGGGACCGAGCGAAGCCCCUCCCGCAGACGGAGCAGACGCACCGGCGCCUCCACACACCAGGGAGAGGCCUCUCACCUGCCCCGGGGGCGGCAAGGCCUUCAAUCGAUCGCCGACCCUGCGGACGCACAGGCGCCUUCCCAACAUCUUUGGCCCGGGGAACGUGCAGUCCCAGCCUCAAACAGCAUCGGUCCCACGGGAAGCAAAGGGAGCGAGAGCGGCCAGUCCGGCAGAAAGGAAGCCUCGCUCCCUUCCCGCUUCACCCACUGCCUUCGAACGGGGCACAAUCCCCCCCCCAGUCCUGGGUGGGAUUCGCUGCAGACUUCAACUCCGUGCGAUCACGUUGGGAAGGCGCCUGUGCGUCCGCAGGGUCAGCGAUCGAUUGAAGGCCUUGCCGCCCCCGGGGCAGAAAGUAUCAUCUUUACCUGAACCACACGGGCACGUGCCUGAGCCAGUUUGCCCACUGUGGGGAAAGGAAGUCUCAGGAGGCAUUCCGCGCACCAUGGAGAAACCGUGGAAGUGUGGGGAUUGCGGGAAAGGAUUCCGCUCCCCCUCCGUGCUGGAGAUCCACCGCCGUGUCCACACCGGGGAGCGGCCCUUCACCUGCUCCGUCUGCGGCAAGGGCUUCACCCAGUCGUCCCACCUGCUGACCCACCAGCGGGUCCACACCGGGGAGAGGCCCUUCACCUGCUCCGUCUGCAGCAAGGUCUUCUCUGACUCGUCCCACCUGCUGUCCCACCAGCGUGUCCACACCGGGGAGCGGCCCUUCACCUGUUCCGUCUGUGGCAAGGGCUUCACCAAGUCGUCCAACCUGUUCUCGCACCAAUGGGUCCACACCGAGGAGAGGCCGUUCAGCUGCUCCGUCUGCGGCAAGGGCUUCUCUCACUCGUCCCACCUGCUGACCCACCAGCGGGUCCACACCGGGGAGAGGCCGUUCACCUGCUCGGUGUGCGGCAAGGGCUUCUCUCACUCGUCCCACCUGCUCAAGCACUGGCGGGUCCACACCGGGGAGCGGCCCUUCACCUGCUCCGACUGCGGCAAGGGCUUCUCUCACUCGUCUCACCUGCUCAGGCACUGGCGGGUCCACACCGGGGAGCGGCCCUUCACCUGCUCCGUCUGCGGCAAGGGCUUCACCCAGUCGUCCCACCUGCUGCAGCACCAGCAGGUCCACACCGGCGAGGGGGUCUUCACCUGCUCAGUCUGCGGCAAGGGCUUCACCCAGUCGUUCACCCUGCUGACCCACCAGCAGGUCCACACUGGGGAGCGGCCCUUCACCUGCUCGUUGUGCGGCAAGGGCUUCACUCGAUCGUCCACCCUGCUGCGGCACCAGCGGGUCCACACCGGGGAGCGGCCCUUCACCUGCUCCGUCUGCGGCAAGGGCUUCACCCAGUCGUCCAACCUGCUGCGGCACCAGCAGGUCCACACCGGCGAGGGGGCCUUCACCUGCCUGGUCUGCGGCAAGGGCUUCCCCCACUCGUCCGGCCUCCAGAUCCACCAGUGGGUCCACACGGGGGAACAUCCUUCCGAUAGACCAGAAGUGCACAUAAUACAGAGGAACUUCGAUUAUCCAGAAUUAGAUGAACCAGCACGGUGGCUCAGUGGUUAGCGCUGCUACCUCACAGUACCAGGGACCCGGGUUUCAUUCCUGCCUCAGGCGACAGACUGUGUGGAGUUUGCACAUUCUCCCCGCGUCUGCGUGGGUUUCCUCCUAGUGCUCCGGUUCCGUCCCACAGUCCAAAGAUGUGCAGGUCAGGGUGAAUUGGCCAUGCUAAAUUGCCCGUCGUGUUAGGUACAUUAGUCAGAGGGAAAUGGGUCUGGGUGGGUUACUCUUCGGAGGGUCAGUGUGGACUGGUUGGGCCUGUUUCCACACUGUAAGGGAUCUAAUUGUCAAGCGACUGAAAUAUACCCUGCAUGUGUCCUUUGGAUAAUCGCGGUUCCUGUGUAUUCCAAAAGUGGCCUAACCAACGUCCUGUCCAGACCCCAACCCCUAUACUCAGUGCUCUGACCAAUAAAGUGAUCUGCAGAAUCUGCGGGACUUGCUUAAUCCUGGGAGGUAAAUCACGUGUUUCUCCUUCUCUUGCAGGUGGAUCCAAGACUUCACUCUCUGUCCCAUUGAGUCUCCAGUCAGGUCCUUCAGCUCAACUGGUCUCUCUCAGUAUUUCUGACCCAUGUGAGC